AUGCCAGCCUCCAUUUCGGUUGUCGCUCAUAGGCGUCAUGCCAUCUCCACUAUGCCUGGCUUGGGUAAAAUAGAAUUGCCAGCAGGUGACGCUCCCGCUGCAGCGCCAGUGGUAAACACGGGCGUUGAGCAGGGUUCCCAAGCCGUAGCGAAGCCCACACCAACCGUGUGGUUUGCCAGCCGGCAAACGCCUCCCCAUUUAGCUACUACAGCACCUGAACAACCACCAGCUCCAGCCAGCAGCGCGCCUUCGCGUUGGACCAGCUAUCAGUUCAAAGAUAAUCGCCCGAUACCAUCGCCCAGCGAUGAUGAUCUAAGGUCCCCUGGUGACCCUCCCUCAGGAGGAGGUCCCCCUGACGACGACCCGAGUAACAACGGUCCAGGCGGCGGUGGUCCUAAUGGCGGCAGCGGCAGUCCCAAUGGCGGGCCUCCUGGCGGCCCUCCAGGAGGAAGCGGAGAUCCUUCUCCUGGUAACCCUUCUGGAUGGACGGGGUACUCACCCUUCCCUUACUCCGAUGAGUGGCAACUGAAUCACAAGCUCAACUCAUCGGUAGUACCCGCGUGGGAUGGUCAUGGCUCCACCGCCAUCGACUAUAUCAGUUCUAUGUCCUUCCUAGCUAGGAUGAGCGAUAAAAUGAAGGAAGGUGUAGCCGCCAUGGCCCCUUAUAAGUGGUCAGGCCGUGCAAAGAGCUGGUGGGAAUGUCUACCGUUGACUGACCAGACGUACUUCCGUCAGGAUUGGGAACACAUGAUGAUCGGUCUCCGUGUCCAGUUCCUUGAUCUACGUUGGUCGCGUGAAAGGCUUUACGAGUUCGAAGCCAUGUUCUUCCGUCAAAAAGGGCAUACCAACGAGGAUCCAAUUGACUUCAUACAACGUAGAGUUCGUCAUCAUAUGUUCCUCCACCCGGACGAUCUGGACGGUCCAGGUGCGGUUGACCGCAUUCUGCGUAACCAACCCAUUGAAUGGGAAAAAGACCUCAACGACGUGAAUUGCCCGUCUAUUUUCGCGCUGCAAAGCGCGGCCAGUCGUCUAGCCACCAGCCUCAUUAACGAUUGGCAAAGCAGCGAGAUUCGCGCUCGAAAUACGGCAGCAGGCCAUGGAGACAAACCAGCUGUCCCAGGCAAGGGGCGUUAUGGGCGAACCGCGCAUGUUGCUUCCUCGGAUCCUCCCGUUGAAUCCCCAGCCCUAAUUAAGGAUGAAGGCAGUGACUCAAGCACUGACGAGAGCGCUGAAGUUUAUGCAGCAACGUUCCGUAAACGCAACGAGAAGAGCGGCACGCCCAGUUCUUCAAAGUGGCCAAGGGGCAAAGUUAUGAACGGCGUCUCCUUUCCAAGGGAUGAUAGCGUUAAAAGUGCUAAACCCCCUACCAACGGCUCUUGCUUCAUUUGCGAUAGUCCUCACCACUAUGCCAGAGACUGUAGUCACUACGGAAAGUGGGAUGGUCUCCGUAACGCCAAUUUGAUAGACGUAGAUUUAGAUCACGAGCUAGAGGCCGCACACGACAGAGAGUAUUUAGCUAUGAUUGUUGAAACACAGGCUGAGGCCUCUUCUUCCGCUUAUAUCGCUGGACUGAGUAAGACCUCGAAGGAAGCGUUCUGCAUGAGCGCUGAACUUACUGGAGCAAAAGCUUUGCACGCCAAGAAGACGUUCAUAAGGGAUAACCGAAACGUUCGCCGACGAAUGGCAAAUGAGUCCAAGGGCAAGGAAAAGGAAGAUUCCCCAACUGAGGAAUCAGUUGUUAAACAAUUACCGAGAGCUAAGCGUCGCCUAAGGGACAGCGCUACGCCUCCUCCUUAUUCCUCUAGUGCUAAUAAACCCCCUCCUUAUGCAAAUAAUCACGAUCCUGGGGAAAUCUUUGUAGCGCCUAAAGGUCGCUCUUUCCCUGAAGGAUUAGGCUCUCUAGGCACUCGAGCUCUUCAUGCUCGAGCCUUCAUCGCCUCAACAAAAGGAGAAGUCGUGCAAGCUCGAUUGGACUCUGGCGCGGAUAUCACGCUGAUGUCUGAGGACUUUUGGUCUUCCAUUCCUGGGCUUCCGAAGCCUAAAGAGGGGUUACGAAUGAAACUCUACCAUCUUACAGGGUCUGCGAAGGUGCUAGGGUACAUACGAACCACUCUGUUCAUGCCCACGGAAUCAGGAGCAUUCGUCAGUUUCGAUCUGGAAGCUUACGUAGUCCGCAACAUGCGAGUUCCACUGCUAUUGGGCGAAGACUUCCAACGACGUACGAAUUAG